AUGGAGCAACGCAUUGACUUAUCAGAUGUUAUUGAUUUUACUAUUUCAGAUCAAUCUCCAAUUACUAGUAAGAAUCAAAAAAACUCACUCCCCCCAUCCUUAAUCGAACGAUUGACUGUAAAAAUUCCUAAAAAUUGGGGAAAUUAACCCCCAUCCUUGAUCGAACGAUUUUCAUAUCAUGCAAAUUUUUAUAUAUAUAAAAAAAUAUUAGUUAUCAAAAGCUUGGGAAGACGUACAUAAUGAAGUUGUUUUCAGAGUUUUAAGACGACAAAAAGCUACGAAAUCAAUCAUUCAAAGUGAUUUAUUCAUCAAACUGGGCUUAAAACUCAAUAAUCUAAAAAAUAGAGAUUCUUUAAAAUUAAAAAAAAAAAAUUUAAUUCAAUAAGGAACAAAUUAAAAUUUAUAAAGUUUAAAGGGGUGACUAAUAAAUCAAAAUAUUAAAAAAAUUGGUAUUUUUAUGAAAUUAAUUCAAAUUUUUGCUGUAAAAUAAAUUAUUAAAUAUUCUUAACCCUCUUAUUUAAAAGUAAAUAAAAAACAUAUAUUUAUAUUUUUUAUUUUAUAUAUAAAAAUUUUUUUUAACCCCCAUCCUUGAUCAAACGAUGGCGAGCCGUUCGAUCAAGGAUGGGUGGGGGAGUCAGAACUUUUUGUACUCACAAUUGAGAUAGGAAAUGAUAAAAAAGAAAAGUUAAUUAUCCAUUCAAAUGACGAUCCUUCAACUAUAGCCAAAAAAUUCGCAAAGAAAAAUUGUUUAAACGAAACUGUAGAGAAAUCAUUAACAAAAUUAAUUAAAUCAAAUAAAGAAUUGAUAGAAAAUCGUGCAAUAUCCACUUCACCUGACAUGAUUAAGUUAGAAGAACUUUUAUCAACGCCAACUAAAUCGCCUCAAAAUGAAACUGAUUUAAAAAAUAUUAUAAAUAAAGAACACACCCCACAAAUCGACAAAAAUUCUAGGGAAAUUGCAAAAAGGCUGAAUAAUCAAGAUGUUUAUACUAGACUAUACAAGCGGAAUAAAAAAACUCCUCUGCAAUCUCCAUCACCAGAGACUGAGCAAAAAACAAGACCUUCAUCUAUUAAUCAUGGAGAAUGGCUUUAUGCAAAUGGAAUUCGUAAGAAGGAAGAACUUAAAAAAAGUGCCGAAGAAAUAAAAACACGAGAUGAAGACAAAAUAAGUGAAAAUCCUUUCAAGCCAAAAGUCAACCCAGCGUCUACUUUGAUGGUAAGAAGGAGUUUUGAAAGAACUGAAGAUUUACUGAUAGAUAAAGCUAAAGAUUAUGAACAAAAGCUAAAAGAUCUUAAAGAAGUUCUAAUUAAGGAAGAGCUUAAAGAAUGCUCUUUUACUCCAAAAAUUAUAGAAACUCCUAGAACCAAAAGCAGAAUCGUUGAAAAAGAUUAUUUAUAUAAAGAUGCUGAGAUAAGGCGAGCAAGAAGCAGCAUAAAUUCAGAGAAAUCAAUUACUUCAUUGAACAGUCCAAGAACGACUAACAAAACCACACCUAGCAAUAGUAAUGAAGUUUUUAGCAGGCUUUAUAACACAAAAUUUGCUUUUCAAACUAAAAUGGAGCAUUUGCGGCACAAUUCUGAUGUCCUUGUAGAUAAAUCUACUGGCCAAGAUUUUUUUCAUCCACAAAUUUUAUCUAAAGAUCGAGAAGAUUUAGAUAUACCGAUUUGAGAGCAUUUAUAUUCCCAGAAGGACAAGCAGGCAUCAAUAAUUGAAAAAACAAAUGAAUUAAAUGACGAAUUUUGAAAAGCAACAGCAAUGACACCAAAAUCAAGCGAAAAUUCCAAUGUUAUAUAUGAAAUAUUUAAAGAAAAACAAUACGAAAAAUUAUUUAAUAUCCUGGAUUCUGAUAAAGAUGGAUUAAUUUCAGGUAGCAAUAUAUAUAAAGACAGUUUAGACCCAAAAACAGCACAAAGCUUAUCAGCAUUUUUUAAUGAUUUAGAAAUAAACAAAGAGAUUCUUGAUUUCCAAAAGUUUAUUGUAAAACUUGAGCAUUUCAUGAAAGCUAUGACAGUUGAAGAAAAAUCUUAUAUUUUGAAAAGAGACUCAAAAAUUUACCAAAAUAACACCGAGAGGAAAUCACUUGUUUGCUCAGGAUCAGAAAGAAUCAUUAGAAAAAAUGAAAAGGCAAGGCCUCAAGAUCUUUAUGAAAGAUUAAUGAGUGCUUCUAAAUUAAAAGAAGAUAAAAUUAAAAAAAUGAAGGAAAUGAAAAUAAAUGGAGAAAUGAGUAUGUGUACAUUCAAGCCAGUAUUUAUUAGUAAAUCUACUAAAUAA